AAGUUUAUAUGCCAAAUAAAUUUAAGACGUUACAGGUGUCAAGUUUAUGGGCAUGUGGCAGCAGUCUAUAGAAGGGAGGUUCCUAGGUGUGAGAAGUGUGCAGACGGGCACGAGACAAAGGAGUGUGUAGCAUUGGGGGUCCUGAGCAGGAAACAUGAAAUCCCUGGAAAAACCACCAGUGUGCAACCCCAUGUUAACUCAUGUGGAUCAUUUGGAGAAAAGAAUCCCAAGCUGAAGCUGCUUUGUGGGUCUGGAAAACUCCACAAAAGUCACCAGAUAUCAACCUAAUUUAACAUUAUUGGAGAUUCUGGAGCAACGCACGAGACAGCGUUUUCCACCACCAUCAACAAAACACCAAAUUAUGGAAUUUCUCAUUGAAGAAUGGUGUCGCAUCCCUCCAAUAGAUUUCCAGACACUACGCAGAAUCUAUGCUAAGGAUGAGAGGAGAGAAGCUGAUGCCUUGUGUACUUAUCACUCUACUGGGGCUGACCCUGAUGGAGUCAGCUCAUGGACAGCACAUGUCAGACGAACCCUGCUCUGUCCAAAUUCUCGUCCCAGGACUCAAAGGAGAGGAAGGAGAAAAGGGAGUGAAAGGAGCACCUGGGAGACCAGGAAGAAUGGGUCCACCAGGGGAGAUAGGACAUCUGGGAGUUAAAGGGCAGAAGGGUAUAAUGGGACAUUAUGGGAAGAUUGGCCCCAGUGGAGUCAAAGGUGUAAAGGGAGAUAUGGGUGAUGCUGGAUCAAGGGGCCCGAAUGGUGAUCCAGGUGUUCCAUGUGAAUGCACACCCCUGAGGAAAAUUAUUGGUGAGAUGGACAUCCUAGUGACACAGUUAUCCAAUGAGCUGAAGUUCAUAAAAAAUGCACUGCCCUCCCCUGCAGCUGUCGCCGGCAUCAAAGAGACCGACAGCAAGGUCUAUCUGCUGGUCAAGGAGGAGAAACGCUACACCGAUGCAGAAGUCUAUUGUCAGGGGAGGGGUGGACACCUGGCCAUGCCCAAGGACGAGGGGGCCAAUGCGGCCAUCGCUGGGUACAUCACAGAGGCGGGCCUGAGCCGGGUGUACAUUGGUAUCAACGACAUAGACCGCGAGGGCCAUUUCACCUACGUGGAUAACUCUCCAAUGAGCACCUUCAGCAAGUGGAGGGAAGGGGAACCCAACAAUGCCUACGAUGACGAGGACUGUGCUGAAAUGGUGGCGGUGGGGGACUGGACCGAUGUGGCCUGCCACUCCACCAUGUACUUUGUCUGUGAGUUUGACAAGGACAGUGUCUGAGGAGCAUUUGUUUGAAAGUGGUAGUGAAUUAUAGAGAAGCCUUUUAUAGAGUUCUACAGAUGUUGUUCAGUAUGUAGAAUUAUUUUGACACCGCUGCAUUUAAAUGUAAUCACCCAGCAGUGCUAAAUAUCAUUGUACAGUAUAAAAGAUUGAGUACUGACAGGCAACAACAGUUGUGUAAAGAUAUGGUGUUUCUUCUCAGUUGUUCCAGUUGUCUUCCUUUUUGACUUGAAUGUUUGACUUGAAUGGAUGCCGUUUUUAUAAACCAUUGCAUUUAAUGGAUACAGCAAUUUCUACCCUGAUCUCUUAAUCUACUUGGAAUCUGCUUUUUGAAGAUGAAACUUUUUUUUGUCUUUCUCA